AUGACGGAGACAAAGCUCAAAACAGCGUAUGUCAAUAUGAUGGCUGAUUCGCUGAUUGGGAAUCUUCCAUUGCAGGGACUGCGCGUUGUGCUGCGUGGUAUGCUCGCAAACCGACCUGAUUGCACCACAACCUUCGAGGACAUAGCCCGCAGUUACAUCCGCGACGUGACGCUACCCAGUGCCGACUCUGUCGAGACAUCUAAGGAUGCAGUCGAGUACAUCCAGAAUGCUAGGAAUCAUGUCUGCUGUAUGCUUGGGUGCGGUCUUUGCUACGAGGCACUCCCUGUUCUCCAAAGCACAGUGGAGGCUAUCGGUCGAUUUCUAGCAUUGACCGAAGGAAACCCGACAGAAGAGAGUUCACUUUCGUAUCAGGUCACCCAAUUGGAUGGAGUCAUUGUUCAGGCUGUCACAGCUGUUCAGAAAUCUCUCGUCUCUUCCACAGGAUCGCGGAACCUUUCUGAAAAUGAGAGCAAGUUGCUUGAAAGACUACUUGAUAGGCUCACCAAUUGCAAGAUCGCUAGCGAAAAACAGUCACAGCUAUUUUUGCUAGAUCGAGGCCUUGCAACCGUCGAGGAUUUCCUCCACCCCGAAACCUUUGCCCAUUCUACUGGCAUUAUUACCCCACUAUCCACCAAGGAUCUCCCUAAGAUCUCGGAAUCAUUUGCGGUGAAUGGCGUCAAUCUACCGAGAAUCUUCACUGGGCUUUGGCAACUUUCAAGCCCAGCAUGGGGUUCUGCUCCCCAGUCAAAAAUUAUGGAGCAGUUCUCCAAGUAUGUUGAAAGUGGACUUACGGCCUUCGACAUGGCAGAUCACUAA